GUUUAUAAUCCUCAGUCCGGUCCAACACCUUAACUAAAAGUUUUUUUGUGUACAAUUAUGCAAAACUAUCUGUCUAAGCAUGAUAUUGAUUUAACAAAUGAGUUUAGUUUUGUUAAUAAACAGAAUUAAAAGGUUCUUCAGCGGUUGUAUAACAGAUAUAUGUUCUACAUAUAUUUUUAGGAAAUUAAAGCUUUACACAGAAAAUCUAAAAAUGGCAUCCAGGUCUAUUAUGCCCUCUGGGAGUUUUGAGGGAAAUGAUGAGGAUUCUGAUACUGAACAAUCCCAGCCUAGAUCUUCAGCUAGAAAACAAUCCAGAAAGACUUAUGAACAGGUUGAUUAUGGAGACAGAAUGGCUUUCAGACAAGGAACUGAGUCUCCGCCCAAUGAGAGAUCUAGAAAACCUGAAGGAGAACUAUACAGGCAAAUGUCUAAGUCUCUGGUUGGUGUGGAUGGACAGCAGUUGAGUAAUGAACUAUCUGCUCCCUAUGAGGUUCCACAGUUUCCUAUUGAACAAAUAGAAUCAAAACUACUUAGGGUUUGCAUCCAGGAGGAGGCAGGUAACAUGAGGGUUCAACAGGAACAACAGGGUGCAUCAAACCUUGGAGCCAGUAUUGAUAUUGAUGAUGAUCUUGAACUCCAGGAUUUGGUUCCACACUUCCAACGUGUUGAUAUCUCAGGAGAUGAUAAUACAGGGGUUCCAGUAGAGGAUCUUCAUUCAGCAUCAAAACUUCUUAUUCAAGCUUUAAACAUCAGGGAUAAGUAUAUGAGAGUUUCAAGGCAAGGAUUUCCUUCCUCUGUUGACAGGUUUCUGUCAACCCUGAGUGGAAAUCCUAAACCAGAAAUUCAUCUCAUGGACAGAGCAACUAUUGAAGGUAAUCCCGCCCUGUUGAAACGACUCCUAGAGGAGAGACGAGAAUCUCUAAAUCAUCCGAUCCAUCCUCCUAAGGAUGACAGGGAUCCCUGGGAUUGUGAGUUCCUACCUGACAACAAGAAUGUGUUGGUCUGUAAGGAAGGUGUAUUCUCGGUCUAUGCUAAUCAAGAAGACGCAGAUAAUGGAAAAAAGAUAGAUUUUGAGGUUCCUGAUUUGGCCACAUUUGUCAAGGAUAUGCAGCUUCUCUGUGGACUUAUCGCAAACGGACCUCUGAAAAGUUUCUGUUACCGACGUUUAUCCUAUCUGAGCAGUAAGUUCCAACUUCAUGUUCUACUUAACGAGCUGAGAGAGCUGGCAGCUCAGAAAGCUGUUCCACACAGAGACUUCUAUAAUGUUAGAAAGGUUGAUACUCAUAUUCAUGCUGCAUCCUGUAUGAAUCAGAAACAUUUGCUCAGGUUUAUCAAGAAAACUCUAAAAACUGAUGGAGACGAACCAGUCUGUAAGAAUGGAGAGAUGACCCUACGUGAUGUAUUUGAAUCUCUGAAUGUUACAGCUUAUGAUCUAACAGUAGACAUGCUUGAUGUUCAUGCUGAUCGGAAUACGUUCCAUAGGUUUGAUAAGUUCAACGCUAAAUAUAAUCCUAUUGGAGAAUCAAGGCUAAGAGAGGUGUUUAUGAAAACAGAUAAUGAAGUUGGAGGCAAAUAUUUCGGUAAACUCAUCAAGGAAGUGUUUGUUGAUCUUGAGGAAUCUAAAUAUCAAAAUCUGGAGCUAAGAUUGUCUAUCUAUGGAAGAAAUAUCAAUGAAUGGGAUAUGCUGGCAGACUGGGCUAUCAGAAACAACGUAUACUCAGACAAUGUCCGUUGGUUGAUUCAAGUUCCUCGUCUCUUUGAUAUCUACAGGGUCAACAACUGUGUAGAAAACUUCCAGCAGAUCCUGACCAACCUGUUCCAACCUCUAUUCGAGGUUACGAAGGAUCCAGCCUCACAUCCUUCACUGCACAGGUUUCUGCAGUACGUUAUUGGAUUUGACAGUGUGGAUGAUGAAUCUAAACCUGAAAAUCCUAUGUUUGAUGUCGAUGUUCCUACUCCAGACCAGUGGACUGAAACUGAGAAUCCUCCGUAUUCCUACUAUAUCUACUACAUGUUCGCCAACAUCACAGUGCUAAACCACUACAGAGAGUCACGUGGUUUAAAUACCUUUGUAUUCCGACCCCACUGUGGAGAAGCAGGACCAGUUCAGCAUCUUGUAUCAGCAUUCAUCAUGUGUGAAUCCAUCUCUCAUGGUCUUCUUCUGAGAAAGGUUCCAGUUCUCCAGUAUUUAUACUAUCUCUGUCAGAUAGGAAUUGCUAUGUCUCCUUUAUCCAACAAUUCUCUCUUCCUCAACUACAAUAGGUCUCCACUACCAGAUUAUCUAGCUAGAGGAUUAAAUGUCUCUUUAUCUACUGAUGAUCCUUUACAGUUCCAUUUCACAAAGGAACCAUUAAUGGAGGAGUACAGUAUUGCUGCUCAGGUGUGGAAGUUGUCUAGCUGUGAUAUGUGUGAGCUAGCCAGAAACUCUGUUAUUACAAGUGGAUUCUCACACCAUGUUAAACAGCACUGGUUGGGUCCGAACUAUACCCGUGAGGGGGUAGCUGGGAAUGAUAUGACUAGAACUAAUGUUCCUGAUAUCCGGGUAUCCUAUAGAUCAGAGACACUCAUGGCAGAGCUAUCCAACAUUUUCAACUCUGUAACUGAUGAUAAACAGAAACAAACUAUAUUUUAGAUUUAUUAGAUUAUCUUUUUAGUAUUUACUACCUACAUUGUUCAGUUUAUAUCAGAACUAAGCUUCAAGUAAAAGCAAUAUUGCAUGAAUUUUAAAUUUGACUAAAGGAAAGCUUGUCGCUUAUAUCGUAUUGUUCUGAGCAAAAGUACAGCUAAAUCACUUCCAUUGAUUUUAAUUGUUCGUUUGUCAGUCAAUUUGUUCUGUAGUACAUUAGCAUGUACUACGUACGUAGUACAUACAUAGCAUAUAUAUAUAUAUAU